GAGAGGAAUCCUGCCUGCUGACCUUGUCAAAGCAAAGGAGAGUUUCCUGGGCAGAGUUUUCAGGAUUCCUGGAGGGAAAGCUUCUGUUGAAAGGCUGCCAGAUGGCCCCCAUCAAGCAAAGGAAGCUCAGGAUGAGACCAUCUGGGGAGAAAAGGAUUUCUCACUUUGGGGUUUACCCUAUGCUGCUCAUUCCGCUGUACGCCCUGAUGUUCCUCUUGGUUCUGGGGCUUGAGAAAAGUGCGGGGGAAUUGCGUGGACCGGAUGGGGCGGGGGCCUUGGGCAGCAUUUUCCCAACCAGCCUGGAAGAAUCCGACACGGAGAGGUGCAUGGGUGGGGAUCGCUGGUUGUCUCCUUGUCCGGCGGAACACCCCACCACCAGACUUGCCCAAGGAAGAUGGUCCACCAGCCAAGCCCUGGGGGCCAACUUCAGCGACAGCCAGAAGGCCAACACCCUCCAGCCCCGCUCCGAAGGCACAGUUCAGCUGAGUUUCAUCUGCCUUCUCCUCCUGGGAAUCGGGGCGGCCCUCUUUUUCGUCUGUUUUGCUUGCCGGGUCGCUUUCUGUUUCUGGAACCAGCUGAGGCUGCGGGGCCCCGUGCAAAUCCUGAAUGAGCAGCUACAGCUGGGCCAGUUGGAACAUGUUCCCCAUAUGGCGCUGGAUCCCACCGCUGCCACCACCACCAGUUCUCUUCCCCCUGUGGGCACUGACUCUGCGCAGGAGGUGCUUGUAUGAAGAAGACUGGCAAUGAAAUCUUGAGUUCCAACCCUUUGCCCCCAAGACUGGAAGCUACGGCGAGAUCAUCAAUUUUUGAAUCACUCCAUCAUCUCCCCCAGGAACAUGGUGGAACACCCACAUUUUGCUUGAUCCUUGCAUCUUAUUCUUUCACCUUGAACUGCACAUCUAUGUCUGAAAUGCUUUGCCUUGAGGCAGGAAUGCACCCUGACGACCAGCACUCUGUGAGUUCUUUAUUUCUGAGGUUUCUCAGCAGAAGGAACGCAGUGUAUCUCCAAGAAAUCAUUUAUGGGGCCGCCCAAGCCAUUGGUCAGAGGGGAGAAACCGAGAUCCAGACAUUGCCAGAAAGCUGUGUUGAAAUCCAACAAGCUUCAGCAUUUCAGGACCACACUGUUAGCUUUUAAUUAUUUAGAAAGACAAUUAGACAAAGCUCUCCCCUCAUGCCCUGACAGACCUCUUCAACGGCCAGUCAAGAUCCAGAAGUAUUGAGCUGCUCCGUUGAAUCCUCAGUUAAGCUUUGUAACUCAGGGCAGGAGAGGAAUCUAGGGAAUUGUCUUAUCGACACAAAAAUUAUAUUAUGUGUGACUCUUCAUUUCCAUAGCUUCUGGAAGAUUGUACCGGAAGGUACCCUGAAGCUUUUUAAGGAUGACAUUUCUGCAACCCGUUAAACUCAGAAGAGGCAGAUCCAGUCCGGAGCCCAGGCUGUGCUUCCAGAAUGAACUUUUCCCCCCUGGGAUGCUAGAAGCAGGGGCUUGCUAAACACAUGUUUUCAAUGUAUGGCUCUUUAUUACCAAUAAAGUGUGGACGUGUAGCAUUUUGA